AUGUAUGGUACUGAAAAGAACAGGGAUGAUUUAGAUGUGGACACCGUUGCGGAUGGCAUCCAGCGUCGUGUGCAGCAGCGGCGUUUGGGCCGCGCAGACGUCUCUCAUCGCUACCAUCGAGUCUUAAAGGGAAUGGCCGCAGAACUAUCGGAGGAAGCCCUGGAAUACAUUCGAAGCCUGGAUGAGGUUGAGUACGUGUCCGAGGAUGGUGUGGCUCACGCGAUGGGACAGCCAUGGGGACUGGACCGUAUCGACCAGAGAGACCUCCCCCUUGAUCAAAGCUACAAAACCUUCUCUGAAUUCAAGCAAGGAGCGGGUGUUGAGAUUUGGGUUUUGGACACCGGAAUCCGACCGACCCACAAAGAAUUUGGAGGCAGGGCGUCAAUUGAACUUGACACGUAUGGUGAAGAUGGUACAGACUGCAAUGGCCAUGGAACUCACUGCGCCGGUAUCGCGGCGGGCUCAUUUUAUGGAGUGGCCAAAAAGGCCAGCAUCAAGUCUAUCAAAGUCUUGGGUCCUUGCGAUUCAAAUGGUGGCUACAGUCGAAUCAUCAAAGGUUUUGACCACGUUCUCAAGAAUGCCAAGAAGCCAGCAGUUGUCUCCAUGUCUAUCGGUGGCACCAAAUCCUGGUCCAUGGAGCAGGCCGUCAAGAAGGUCGUCUGGGACGGCAUACCGGUUGUCGUAGCGGCUGGCAACAGUAACAAAAAGGCCUGCGACACAUCACCAGCUUAUCUGGGAGAGGUGAUAACCGUUGGAGCAACUAGGAGCAACGACCAGCGAGCAAGCUAUUCUAACUAUGGGGAGUGCGUGGACAUCUUUGCCCCGGGCAGCCAGAUCCCAAGUGCUUACUGGAAAUCAGACACAUCUGUCAAGACCAUGGGAGGAACCUCCAUGGCUUGUCCUCAUGUUGCCGGACUUUCGGCUCUGUACUUGGCUCAAAAUCCAGGCCUAAAGCCAGCUGGGGUGAAGUUUAAACUCAGGAAAGAUGCAACGAAGGACAAAAUAUCUGAUGUGAAGACAGGCAGCCCCAAUCUUCUAACCCAUGUACAACCCAACUAAAUGUCUGUUCAUCAGGAGUGGUUCCAGAACAAAAGGUUCUGGUAGCAGAAGUGGUUCUUUACACAGUUGUGCUCCAUCAUGGUUCUAGAACUGAAUGGGGGGGGGGGGUAAACGUUUGUUUCAAGCAAAUUUUGGUUUUAAAAUAAAGUAUAGUUUGAAGUUUUAUUUUAAAUAAUCUCCAAAUGAAAGUCAUGUGACUUCAUCAAGGAAUAAAUACAUUGUAAUACAAAGUGCUAAUGAAUUAAACAUUUAAAUCAAAUGUCGGGAGCUUACAACUGUUGUAUAAGGUUCUUCAUCAUCUUCAAAUUAAAAUACCUGCAGAUAUUUGGAGUUAAUUUAGAUGACAGCAUCCAUCAGAUUUUCAGAUUUCAGAAAAUCAGAAAAUUUUCAGAAAUCAGAUUUUUUUAAAUUUUUAAUCAAACUCAAAGCAAUUAUUAAAAUUGUGUUCUUUUCUGUUAUUCUUUGCAAAUAAUUUCACAGUUACAACUGUAAGUUGACUUGGACAAAGCUUAUCUCACAUGAAAAGAAAUUACGGCAGUGACGAUUUAUCAUUUUCUGGGAAAG